CUCUCCGCUUCUUAAAACCAGACCCCCACUCCUCAUUCCAUUCCCAGCUUAGCCAGUCACAUACGAUAGGCGCAUAGAGAGAGAGAGAAGAUGUCGAAAGAAGUGAGCGAAGAAGGACAAACACAGCAUGGAAAGGACUACGUGGAUCCACCACCAGCACCGCUGAUGGACAUGGCGGAGCUGAAGCUGUGGUCAUUCUACAGAGCAGUGAUCGCAGAGUUCAUAGCCACACUCCUCUUCCUCUACGUCACUGUCGCCACAGUCAUCGGUCACAAGAAGCAAACCGGACCAUGCGACGGCGUCGGAAUCCUCGGCAUCGCAUGGUCCUUCGGCGGCAUGAUCUUCGUCCUCGUCUACUGCACCGCUGGCAUCUCCGGGGGUCACAUAAACCCGGCAGUGACGUUCGGGCUGUUCUUGGCGAGAAAGGUGUCGCUGAUAAGAGCGGUGUCGUACAUGAUUGCGCAAUGCUUGGGAGCAAUUUGUGGAGUUGGGUUAGUAAAGGCAUUCAUGAAACACAACUACAAUUCACUUGGUGGUGGUGCUAACUUAAUUGCUCCUGGCUACAACAAGGGCACUGCUCUUGGUGCUGAGAUCAUCGGCACUUUCGUGCUCGUUUACACUGUUUUCUCAGCCACUGAUCCCAAGAGGAGUGCUCGCGACUCUCAUGUCCCUGUUUUGGCACCUCUGCCAAUUGGGUUUGCAGUGUUUAUGGUUCACUUGGCUACUAUUCCUAUUACUGGGACUGGGAUCAACCCUGCUAGGAGCUUUGGUGCUGCUGUUAUCUACAACAACAAAAAAGUCUGGGGUCAGCAUGUAAGUUCAUUUUUUAUUGUUUUUAUUACACAUAAAUGA